UGCAGGGCGGAGUGACCUUGAUUGGACCGUUUUGACCAGCGUUAGAGGGCGGCUGAGGGAGGCUGCUGUCACCCAAGUAAAUGUCUACCUGUCAGCAAACAAAGCAGAAUUGAUCCCCAAGAAACAAAACACUCCAAGUGGGACGGAGAAGGCGUUUGAAAUGGGAGGAAAUGGCAGCACGGCGAGGAAAGUGUCAUUCGGGCUGGACGAAGAAGAAAAGGUCACGGUUAUUGAAGGAGUAAAGCUGUCAGAGGAUGUUCUCAGUCGAAUGAAGAACACUCAGGGGUCUUCCAGGGCAACGACUAAGCAAGACAAUCACAAAACAUCAAGUUCAAAAUCACCUGGCCCCCCUGCCACAGAAUUACAGGAAGAAAUCCGUAGAAACUUCCAGAAUCAGCAGGCUCUGGUGCAGGAGCAGUUGGCCAAAUUGAAUCAGAGGGAUAGAGAAACAGCAACCGCUGUCGGGUUGGAUGAUCUGAGCCCUUCGCUCAUGGUCGAGAGAGGGAAGGCCUGGGAAGAGCACGAGAAGGCAAAGCGACUGCCUGCUGAUUUAGAUGCCUGGGCCAGACAGUUGGAGAGGAAGGAACAAGAGUUGGCCACCGUUUCCAGCUUCUACCAAGAGCAACUGGAGAUACUGGAGAAGAAAAAUCUAGAAACUUACCAACAGACGGCGGAACAGUAUAACCGGACAGCCACCAAAGCAGAGGCUAAUAUCAGGCCCCGGCAGAGUGCAUCAGUGUGCUCUGAGCUGCAGGCCAAGGUGCUCCAGUGUUACAGAGAAAAUCCUCAACAAACCCUGCACUGCUCCACUCUGGCCAAACAGUACAUGACCUGCAUCCAGCAAGCCAGCAAGAGCUCACUGACCAAUCACGGACGAGAAGCCCCAAGCAAGAAAGCAUGAAGAGCAGAAGUGAAGAAGAGAGAGCAUGUCAAAUCCAUCCAAUUCGUGCCUCCCUCUGUGCUUUCUGUUAGACAUCCAUUCAUUUAUUUAUUUAGCUGCCACCACUGAAGAGCCUCACUCUCGUCUUCUCCACUCGCCAUCCUUCAGUUAUUUUUUUUAAGUGUAUUAUCUUGAUUUGCCCCUCUGGAGUGUAUGAUGCCUUGAUUUAUUGUCAAGUUGCACAGGCACACCCUUGCCUUCUCAGAAAUAAAUCCCGGUGAUCCGCUGGUGAUGAGACUACAA